UUUGAAACCUAGAAGCACUGAAAUACUACUCAUACUGAAGUUUCGUUUAAUCUCGUUGGUGUAUGUUUGAGUACCGUCACGUGUGGCUAAUUAAAUAUAUUGAAUCGUUUCUGCGGCUUUUAGAUUUUGCCGGGUUAAACUUGUAAAUGUUUGGAAAGAGAAUAAUGUUUUAAAUUUUAACAUAAGUGUUAGUUUUUCGUGUUCAAAAUGGGAGCUCAUGUAUCGCGAAAUGAUUUUGAAUGGGUUCAUACCGAGGAGCCACACGCCAGCCGCCGGAAGAUCAUUUUAGAAAAAUAUCCCGAGAUAAAGAAGCUGUACGGCUACGAUCCGCUGUUCAAAUGGGUGGUGACGGCGAUGGUUCUGAUGCAGUUGCUCAUGCUGCCGCUAGUCAAGUACAUGAGCUGGCCGGUUCUCCUCCUUGUUGCCUACUGCUUCGGCGGUGUGAUCAAUCAUUCACUCAUGUUAGCAAUACACGAAAUCGCACAUAACCUAGCGUUCGGCCACAAUCGGCCGUUGCAUAAUAGAUUGUUUGGCUUCUUCGCCAACUUGCCUAUUGGCGUACCUGUCUCUAUCAGCUUUAAGAAGUACCACUUGGAACACCACAGAUACCAAGGCGAUGAAGUGAUAGAUGUAGACCUACCCACGUUGUUGGAGGCAAAGUUGUUCUGUACAACUGGCGGGAAGCUAGUCUGGUUGUUUUUGCAGCCGUUCUUCUACGCGCUGCGGCCGCUGGUGGUCAGGCCCAAGCCGCCCACGCCGCUUGAGAUGAUCAAUUUAGUUAUACAGCUAUUCUUUGACGCGGUUGUCGUUGAACUGUUUGGUUUGAGGGCGCUGUGGUACCUUUUGUUGGGUUCAUUCAUGGCGAUGGGUAUACAUCCUGUAGCAGGUCACUUCGUGUCGGAGCACUACAUGUUCCGCAAAGGCUUCGAGACGUACUCGUACUAUGGUCCGCUCAACUGGAUCACCUUCAACGUGGGCUAUCACAACGAGCACCACGACUUCCCCGCAGUGCCCGGCCGCCGACUGCCAGAGGUUAAACGUAUAGCAUCCGAGUUCUACGAUGACCUGCCGCAUCACACGAGCUGGUCCAGUGUCCUCUACGACUUCGUAAUGGACCCGGAUAUAGGACCCUACGCCCGGAUAAAGCGUAAGCAUUUCGGGUUGAAGAGCUAGAUCACACCCGGCUCUACAUACCCGGGUUGAACCAAAGCCCGUAGACUAUGAUAUUCGAUUUGCGAUAUCGCUUAUAGAAUCAUAAAAAUGUAAUGAAAUAUAAAUAUAGACCUACCAAGUUAUCUGACCCGGUGGGUAUAAGUGACACUAAAUUACAAUAACUCAGUAGCGCCCCCACUGUCAAUGUCACAAAAGUGUCACAAGAUCCAUGUCGUACUAUAGUUGUAAUUCUUUUUGUUUUUGUGUAUUAUUUUUUCUGUCUAAAUAGGUUUUGUAGACAGGCAAGGAAAUUUGACCCGGUGGGCAUAACUCAAACUGAAUUUAGUUGCUUAAUAGUGCAUCUCUGUCAAUGUCAAAAAAAUGUCACAAGCAUAGACUAAUAAUUUAAGCUCUGUGGUAAUAAGAUCCUUUUCGUGCUGUAGUUGUUAUGACACGUUUUUUUCUUUUAUUCAAUUUUCUAUUACCAUGUAGGUUUUAUAUAUUUUUUGACAACAGCGUUAGUAGCGCCUCUCAAAUGGGCCGAUAUGUUUUUCGGUCAAGAUGCAACAAGCACAUCUCUUCCAAAUAAUGGACCCCAUCGUUUUUUUUUAAUGAUUUCGUCAACUUCAAGGUUGAAGAUAAAUGAAAGUGUAAAGUCUCAAAUGGAUAGAUUCUGUCACUUCUAUACAUUUUUUAUUUUUCUAUUAGCGAUAUCUCUUAUAGAAUAUUACUUUUUCACAAAGGGCUAUUUUAUAAAUAGAUAG